AUGCAUUCGGACAUCCAUGUAGUUGUCCGCUUUCAUGAACAAUCGGUCUUCGCGGGCGAACAUUUACGAUGCACCAUCACUUUCAGAAACGUUGCAAAUCUCUCAGAACCUGUAACUCCAGCACAUGCACCUCGACGCAGUAGUCGACGCGAAAGUAUCAGUCAAAUCGCCAGUCAAGCAACCAGAAUCAAUGCUGCCAAUCGAGUUGGUCCCAAUGGACGAACAAACAGCAGCAGCGAUCACUCCACCGAGAUAAGCGGUCGCCAUCGACCUAACUCAUCCUUUCAUACUCCAAACAGCACAGGCACAAGCGACAAUGAGACUCGUCCACCACGUCCAGGCCACAAACAACAAAGAUCUGUUUCGAUAAUCUCUGUAACUUCUCCGAUAACAGCAGGUGAUCUAGCCGACUCGAAUAGCAGCAGUUGGGCAAAGCAACAACGACUUAGUCACCACCAGCGAUCUUCCACUGUUGGUACUCAGCAUGCCUUUCCAAAUCCACAUAGUCGGAGGGACUCUCCGACGGGACUACACCUUGCUGUCAAAGGUGGCCGUCGCAGUCCGUUAUCACCGGCUACCAGUAGGAGCCGUGACUCUACUCCCGAUUUCAAAUUCCCACCCGAUAGACCAGAUCCUCAGUUUCUGAAUGUGGAUCGCGAUGACAGUAAAACAGAAAGCCCAGUUACUCAAAGUGCUUCCCAUGCCAGCCAAGUUGCCAGCGAAAGAAGUAGUGGCGACUUUUACUCGCUAAGCAAUCAUUCUCAGGAAACUUUGAUGUCCGAGCAACCUUCUGUUCUAUCAGACAUUCGACCAACGUUAAAUUAUGGCAACUUACACCUACGGAAACCGGCGUUGAAACCACAGCACAAGCCUCAAGCGGUGAAUUUGCUGAUGGGCUAUGCACAGCUCGGCGCCACUUUCACGCUGGACGCGUCCUUGAUCGAUCAGUCUCAUUUCGAAGAAGUGAAAAAUAAAGGCUUUCUCGGCGGUCAAGCUGGGGGAGGUGUCGUUGGCGUGAAGAAGCCGAGGCCAAAUAGUGGUUUCUUAGGGACUUUCAACUUUAAUAGUAUUGGAGACUCCUUGAACAGUUUGAUGGGAGGAGACAACAUGAGCAGCGUGAAAGAGAUGCAUGCUGUCACCAAUGCCCGAGCCAUUCCUCUUCUCUCCACGCCUCAAUCGUUACUCUUUGUCGACUUACAUCUCGAACCCGGCGAAGAACGAAGUUACUCAUAUAAUUAUCCGCUUCCACAUGGUCUGCCAUCAAGUCAUCGUGGUAAGGCCAUCAAAAUAUCUUACAACCUUACCAUAGGUGUUCAAGGCUUACCUGGAAGUCGCGACGCCCACACCGUUCGACAAGUCAACAUUCCUGUCCGGGUGUUCUCUGGGGUCAAUUACGAUGGUGAGAUAUACGGUCAUGAUCUUAUGCAACCACAUGUUAUCCUCCGUGAUUUGGCCCGGAUAAAUUCUAUCUCUUCGCCAGAAGAUCCCGAAGAACCCGCAACACCAACCACCAAAUCCGACGACGUCUUCACAACUGAGUUCCUCCAGUUUGUCGAUAACCUUUUAGAUCGGAACAGAAGACGCCAAUCAAGCAGCGGUACCAUGGAAGCGUUUCUCAGUAGCCAAGCCGCAGGAGAUCAUCGAAAAGCCGUCCAGUCCAUUAAUCGUGCGAUUCUGUUCGGAAACCAGCUACAGGAUCAAGAGUCCAGCUCCAAUCGCUUUGACAUUUCUCGGAAUGGUCUUCGAGUUGCAGUAAUUGUUAUCGACCGACCAUUGCAUCGCUUGGGAGAGACAAUCACCGCUGUCGUCGACUUCUCCGAAGGUCAGGUCCCCUGUUCAAUGUUGAGGUCCACGCUCGAGACUUCAGAAAAAGUGACCCCCUCACUCGCAGUCCGUUCCGCUGCGACCAUCAGCCGCAUCACACGCAAGACAUACGUAGGACGCUCCGAGAACGUACUAUUCUCCAGACGCGCGACCUUCGCCCCAAGUAUUCCAGCCUCAGCAACUCCCACAUUCGUCACUACAGGUGUGAAUCUCGAAUGGAGUCUCCGCUUCGAAUUCGGAACCAUCAAGAUCCCAGAGGACGAAGAAGGGGAGGAGAGGGACGUCAAGCCUGCUUUCACCCUUUUAGAGGAAGUCGUCAAGGACGAGCGCGGCACGGUUAACGUUGCGGUUGAGAAUCUGGAUUGUGAGACGUUUGAGGUCGUCAUUCCCAUCACCGUAUACGGGGAUCUCGUCCCUGAUGGUCGAGAGGGUGAAGACGUUGCUGGCGUGCCUAUAUGA